AUGACCAUUCAGGUUGUCGCCCCAACUACCUCGGGCAACCUGUACCCCCGUCGUGGGGAUCGCUUGCUUGAGGAGCCCUCGGCAAAGAAUGCCCAGGGCUUGUUCCCUCCAGAUGCCUGUAUUUUUGUUGGAAACCUCUCAACCAAGGUCACGGCCGAUAAGCUGGCCGAGGAUCUCAAAGCCUUGUUCUCUAAGUUUGGACCAUGCCAUGUCAAGAUCAAGCAAGAUAAGAAGAAGGGCCUGCCAGGUGCCUUUGUGCAGUUUGAAGUGAGAACUGCUUGUCUGGGACUUCGCUCUGGCGCGCCCAUCGAGCACGAUGAUGUCGUUGUUGCCCUGGGAUCAAGCGGUCCGCUCGAGGUCUUCUGCAUCCAGCCUUUGAACACUGGAGUUUACUCCUGGUCUGCUAUUUGCAAGGUCACUUUUGCCUACGUCGACGACUGCAGAGACGCUAUCAAGCAUUUCCAAAAAAACGAAAAGUACUUUCUGACGCUGCUCGAUAUCGACGGCAGUCCUAUGCUGCCUCCGGAUAUGGCACAUCCUUCGCAGCCUCCAAAGCCGAAGCCGCAAAACCAUCCAGCUCGAGACAACCAGCCCAGGCCUCAUGAUAACCGGCCCUACCGCAAUGGGCACUUCAAUAAUAACAAAGGCGGAAUGCACAGCGCCCCUCCCUUCCACCCGCCGCCCUUCCAUCCAGGGAACUUCCCUUCUUCGGCUGGCGUAGCGGGCUAUCCUGCUCCCCCGGUCAUGUUCAACGGGAUGCCGGGGUACAACAACGCACCGUCGCCAUUCUACCCCGAGCCCUUCUACCCGGAGCCUUUCGAUCCCAACAUGUGGUACGGGCCUUCCUUCAACCCGGCUCCUCCCCCAGAAGCCUACUACCCGGCUCCAAUGGCCCCUCCAGUGAUGAACAACACGCCCUUCAUUGUCAGCAGCCAGCCGGGGUUCGCCCCCGGUUAUCCAGCCUACUAUGGCGAGCCCUACCCACCACCACCUCAGGGUUACUUCCCUCCUCCGCCACACAUGAUGCCCCAACCCGGCUACUUCGAUCCGGUUUACUACCCCGAGAACUACCCAUCCAGCACCGGCUACAUCAGUCCCCAUACUGGCUCCGACAUCCGUCACGAAGAAAUGCAAUCUCCGCCCAAGGCUGAUGGCAAUGGCGCAGAAGAAGUGCCUGCCAAUGUCUCUGUCAACCCCUCUGCCAAAGAGUUUAAGCCAGCAACCAAAGAAACGGAGCAGAAGGCCAAUGACGCCAAACCAGAGGAAGAACCUCAGCCUGAGAAACCGGACGAACCGCUGGAAAACCCGCUGAAAGAACCUGCCGAGGAAACCAUCGAAGAAUGCCUCGAAAAGCUUGCGUCGACGUCGACUUCGCGGAGCUGCUCGUUGGUGCGGAGCUGUUCGUCCAGGUCGAUUUGA